AUGCAAAGCGAUGCGCAAGAAACACCGAAAAUUCCCGGGGAGGCAACGAAAUGUCCCUCGUUCACGAAGAUCCCGGAGGACACGACGUUCCAGCCGCAGCAGAUCACUAUCCCAACGAAGCACGCCACUCAUCCGAUCCGGAUCGAAUACCUCAAUUCGCAGUUUCUCGUUUUUGAUGCCGUUGCAGCUCAGGAAAUAGUCAAAAAAUGCCGCAUUAUCGUCGAAGCAUCCGGUGUUUGUCCGGAUAAUCGGGCUGAUUGCACCAAAUCGGGAACCCCGUUCAUUUUGAUGCCGGAACAAGCCGCUGUACUUGUUGAAUAUGCAGAGGAGAUAAACGAUGUGAUGAAAGAACUGGCUGAAGCUGCGUCUACCAGUGAGCCACGUGAGAUCUGGCAAACUCCUUUAUAUGACAUCCGUGAAGAAGCGUAUGAAGAAAUGAAAAGGCCACCUUUCCCGGAAAAUUCGAAUUUUCGGAUCCGUCUAAAUACAUUUCGUGAUUUAUGGCGUCGUGGUUACUACUUAACAUGUGGUUUAAAGUUUGGUUGCGAUUACCUGGCGUACGAAGCAAUUCCCGGUGAAGUGAGUGAAAAUUCUGUAAAAUUUAAUCCCUCUUUUAUGAAUUGUGUUAUUUCUGAAAGCCAUAGUAGCAUCGAUGAUUUAUCCGUUCAUAUCGCAUUGACGUUGAGAUUCGAGGGUGCUUUUUAG